AUGGCACCACAGAACGAAAAAAGCUCCCUCAAGCGUGGCAGAGCCUCCGCCGAUAAUGAUUCACAAGACCUUAAAAAGCCACGACGCUCCGAGAGGAACAAUCCCCAAAGCAAAGCACAGGCUUUAGACGAUCAGUCCUAUUUGCCUACACCCAUGACACAACAAGAUUCAACUGCCACAGACAUCGAAAAGGAGACGACUGCUACACCAGAUGAGCCUGGCCGGAAAUUACAUCGGCGGACACCUUCAGAUUCGGAACUCCCUCAAGAUAGUUCAUCACCUCCUAGCGAUACACAAGCCCUUUCUCAAUUCGUUUACCCCCCUAGAGCAUUUGCCGAUGAAGUCGAAGACGAAGCUGCAGAGGGAGUCUGGGGAUACCUUCUUCCGCUUGAUGAUAAGGUCCGCCGUCCUCUGGUACUGAGGAAACGCGGAGGAUGCGAGGAGCGCAAAUCCGCAGCAUCUACGACCAACCCCAAGAAAACGAGUGCGGGUUCCGUUAGUAAACAAAAGAAUUCACCUAGCGGCUACCUAAUAGGCCGACAUCCUGAAUGCGACCUGGUGAUAAACAUUCCUACUGUGUCGAAUCGACAUGCUUUGGUAUUUUCCGAAAAUAGGAAAGGCGAUGCCGUUGCCUUUCUCCAGGAUCUCUCCACUAAUGGUACUUUUGUCAAUGAUGCAAUGGUGGGCCAAAAUAAACACCGUGAACUUGAAGAUGGCGAUGAGGUCACCAUCCUAGAUGAAGCACGUUUUGUUUUCAGAUAUCCUCGGACACGAGACACCAAUCGUUUCCGCCAACAAUAUAGGCUUCUGCAACAGCUUGGGAAAGGCCAUUUCGCCACAGUCUACCUUUGCGUAGAACGGUCUACGGGGGCUCAGUAUGCCGUGAAAGUUUUUGAGAAACGUUCUGGUGACUCGCAGCGCUCCCAGAACGAGGUUCUCCAUCAGGAAAUCGGUAUCUUGAAGGGCGUCAGUCAUCCGAAUCUGCUUUGCCUCAGAGAUACAUUCGAUGAAAGCGACGGCGUUUAUCUUGUCCUGGAACUCGCUCCAGAAGGCGAAUUGUUCAACUUGAUUAUCAGCCGGCAGAAAUUCUCUGAAAGUGAGACUCGUUGCAUCUUUAUCCAAUUGUUUGAGGGGCUGAAGUAUUUGCACGAUCGAGGUAUCAUUCAUCGUGACAUUAAACCUGAAAACAUUCUGGUCGCAGACAAAGAGUUGACCGUGAAACUUGGUGAUUUUGGGUUAGCCAAGAUUAUCGGUGAAGACUCGUUUACUACCACACUAUGCGGCACACCAACCUAUGUCGCGCCAGAAAUACUACAGGAGCGGCGCUAUCGGAAAUACACAAAGGCUGUGGAUGUCUGGUCUCUCGGAGUCGUCUUAUACAUAUGCCUUUGCGGUUUUCCCCCAUUCUCUGACGAAUUAUACACACCUGAGCACCCGUACACUUUAGCACAGCAAAUACAACAAGGGAGCUUCGACUAUCCGUCUCCGUAUUGGGACACUGUGGGUGAUCUGGCAUUGGAUCUGAUAGACCGAAUGCUCACAGUUAACGUUGACGACCGAAUUACGGUGGAUGAAUGCUUAGAGCACCCAUGGAUUACAGGAAAGCAGCCUAGUGUUUCUGACAGCACAGACGGCCUGACUGGGGCCUUGGGAAAGCUAGACUUCUCAAAAAGAAAGCUAGCGCGCGAAAGGACACUUCUCAGCAAUAUCAAUGAUGUUGGCUACAGUGAACAUGAGCAGAAAAGUGGUGCUCCUGUCAAAGUUUUCCACAAAAACAAUGCUGGCAAACGUGUUCACAACCAUCCAGCAAAGAAUGCACAAGAGCGUGAAGUAUCCCCUAACGAGAAAAGUGCCCCGAAUAACUUCGUCAACCUUGGAGAACAAGGUGAUCCAGUUUUGUUCGAUGACAACCUGAGAAAGGGGCGUAACUGA